AGACCAUUUAUAUACUUGUGGCUGUGAUACAAAAACUACACUUUCAGAAAUUUCGUGAGAACUGUUUGAUUUAGUGGAGGCAGAAAAAAACAUUUGAUAAGCUGAAUUUCAAGAUUUGAUUGCUCUGUUUUUAUUGUGUUCCACUGAAAUUUGCUCUGUCCAACUCAUAAGUAAUUGUGCUGGUGUCUCGAUAAUGGAUCGGAAAAAAAUCAAGCGUAGAGUUGGUAAAUAUGAAGUUGGAAGGACGAUCGGGGAGGGGACGUUUGCAAAAGUCAAGUUUGCAAGGAAUUCAGAGACGGAAGAAAGUGUCGCGAUCAAGAUUCUCGAUAAAGAUAAGGUCCUUAAGCACAAAAUGGCUGAACAGAUAAAGCGGGAAAUAGCUACAAUGAAGUUAAUCAGACAUCCUCAUGUUGUACAGUUAUACGAGGUUAUGGGAAGCAAGACAAAGAUAUUUAUUGUUUUGGAGUUCGUUACAGGAGGAGAGUUAUUUGAUAAAAUUGUAAAUCAUGGACGAAUGCGCGAAGAAGAGGCAAGGAAGUAUUUUCAGCAGCUUAUUAAUGCUGUUGAUUAUUGCCAUAGUAGGGGAGUCUAUCACCGAGAUCUAAAGCCUGAAAAUUUACUGUUGGAUGCUGCUGGUGAUCUCAAGGUUUCUGAUUUUGGAUUGAGUGCUCUAUCCCAGCAAGUCAGGGAUGAUGGCUUACUGCAUACCACCUGUGGAACACCCAACUAUGUUGCUCCUGAGGUACUCAAUGACCGAGGAUAUGAUGGGGCAACAGCAGACCUCUGGUCGUGCGGAGUCAUACUCUUUGUACUUCUUGCAGGUUAUUUGCCUUUUGAUGACUCCAAUCUUAUGAACCUGUACAACAAAAUCACUGCUGCUGAAUUUACUUGUCCACCUUGGAUCUCUUUUAGUGCAAUGAAGUUAAUUACUCGAAUAUUGGAUCCAAAUCCUACGACACGCAUUACUGUCCCUGAAAUUUUGGAGGAUGAAUGGUUUAAGAAAGAUUAUAGACCACCUGUUUUCAAUGAGAUUGAAGAUGCAAACCUAGAUGAUGUCGAAGCAGUCUUCAAGGACUCCGAAGAAUAUCACGUAACGGAGAAAAGAGAAGAGAAGCCAACUUCUAUGAAUGCGUUCGAGUUGAUUUCUAUGUCACAAGGACUUAACCUUGGCAAUCUGUUCGACGAACAGGGAUUCAAGAGAGAAACAAGGUUCACAUCUAAAUGCCCGGCCAACGAGAUAAUUAGUAAGAUUGAAGAAGCUGCUAAGCCUCUCGGUUUUGAUGUUCACAAAAAAAACUACAAGAUGAGACUCCAAAAUCUGAAAGCCGGAAGAAAAGGGAACCUUAACGUUUCCACUGAGGUGUUUCAAGUUGCCCCUUCUCUUCAUAUGGUUGAGGUGCGGAAGGCAAAAGGAGACACUUUGGAAUUCCACAAGUUCUACAAGAAUCUUUCAACCUGCCUAGAUGAGGUUGUGUGGAAAACUGAACAGGACAUGGAAGAAAAAAAGUGAAGAGCAAUAGAAUUUGCAUUUUUUAGGAAAAAGCUCUGUUGCUACCAAUUGUAAGAACUGUUGUGGUUCUUUCUUUCUGUCUUCUUACUGUUUUUACCUCCUUUCUUUACUUUUUACUUUUAUGGCCAUCUUUUAAGGUUUUACCAAUUGUUUUACUAGGGGUAGGUGUUAGACAGACAGCAGAAUUUGGUUCAAUUAAGAUUUUGUAUGAUUGGUGUCACUUUUAGACAUAUGUGAUUGCAAUUGUAUACAGUAUAUUGGUUUUUCA